CAUAGAUCUACUGGUGGAAGAGAACAAGACCGGUUGAUGGGACCUAAGGAUGUUGAGUGGGUGCUGAAACAGAAACACUACAGUCAACUAACCUUUUGUCAUGACAAGACUUUCGAGAGCAUGCACGGUCUCGGUCACGUUUGGGUCGGAGGAUUUAUGUUUGUGAUAAGAGUGAGUCCAAAUGAUCCCGCAUUCUACCUGCACCAUGCCUUUGUAGAUUAUCUCUGGGAACAGUUUCGGAAGCAAAAACAGACCAGAGAAGAGCGAGAGACGCAGUGGGCAACGGAUACGUGCAACUCCUUGCAAGGUUAUGACGAACAGAUGAAACCGUUCCGCCUUCAGAACCGAGAUGGGCUGAGCAAUCAAUACACUGAUGAGUGGUACGAAUACGAACCUGUUCGACAUUGCACUCCUGCAAAACCCGAUUGUGAUUCAGAAUACUAUUUCUGCGAUACGAAGGCGUGGCGAUGCAGAAGCAAGGUGAGAAAGCUUCAUAUCAUCAAUUAA